AUGAAGCAGAUCAGGGACAGCGACCAGGACGCCAUCGCCCUAAGCCAGGAGCUGCAGGCCAGAGGCACGCAGCUCGACCUGUCCCAGACCCGCACGCGCAGAGAGGGCUGGGACAUCGGGGCAGUGAGCAGCGCGAAGACCAAGCCGGGUCACAGUGCUGGAGUUCUGAUAGCGACGCCACGAAGCAGGGGUAUGGACUUCGUGCGCAAGGGGAUUAACCAGUGGGACAUCAGCCCGCGAGAGUCCAAAGGGCGACUCGCCGUGGCCUGGGUCGACGCCUACAGCAAGGAGGGGCUCGUGCAAGGCACCGCGCACCUGUGGAACAGCGAGGGCCUCACGCAGAGGAACCAGCGCAUCCUGGCCAAGUGGGGCGCCACCAUGAACGCGAUCCAGAAGGAGUGGAUCCUCGGUGGCGACUUCAACAUGGGCCCGGAGAUGCUGGAGCAGUCAGAGAUCGCCCGCAAGAUGAAUGGCGUCAUCGUGCAAGACACUCCGCAGGGCAGCUGCCUGAAGAAAGAUGGCACGAGGAGCACGCGGGACUACUUCAUCGUCUCGCACGGCCUGGUUGCACACGCGCUCGAGGCAGAGGUCCAAGAAGGGUACAACACGUCGCCGCACUUGCCCGUCAGGAUGAGGGCCCCAGUGCACCAGCAAAGCGACUACAUGAUCAACGUGAUGUGCAAGCGGGCGCCAUGGCCGCUGACGCGGCCAACGGGCUGCCCCUCGCAGCCAGUGCGAUGGCCCAGGCCGCUCGCACACAAGAAGUACACCCAGAGCCAGGUCGACGAGCAAUGGAGUGAGCUCGGCGAGGCCUACGAGAAGCACCUCAACUGGUACCACAGCUUCGAGGGCGACGACCUGGGCAAGAGACAGGGCCACUUCGAGAAGGCCAACUACAAGCAGAGGCCGCGCAGGCCCAAGCCCUGCACCGCGGCACAGGAGCAGCAGCAGUGGGCCGAGGCUGCAGAGCGGCUUGCGCGGCGGCUGCGCCAGCGGAGGUCACUGGCCAACGCAUGGCAGCAGCGGCGAGACGCAGGCACGCUUCGGCGAGCUCAGCACACUGCUGACGGGCUACUCAGCCACGACAUCGUCACGCCGCUGCUCGCAGAGCGGGCACCUGGGCAGACGGCUGAGGCAGGCAACGACACGGACGAGAAGGACGGGCUGCUGGAGCCUGAGGGCGCCCCUCGGGAGGAGGCGGAAGGGGCGCAGGACCGCUUCGCGGUCAGAGCGCCCCCCACCGAGGGCCAGCAGGACCCCAACACUUGGAAUACGAUUCGAUGGCCGCUCAUCGUACACACGCUGCGAGACUGGCGAGUCACCGACAUCGACGACCGCGCCCAGAACUACCUGGGCUUCAUUGCCACGCUGCUGGACAUCGCCAGCAGGAAGUACUGGGAGAUGGUGCACCGAGCGGCCGCGGCGCAGUGGCGGCAGUGGGUCACCGCUCACGGAGAGCGAGGAGCAGGAGCGCUGCACAAGUGGACCAAGGCCCCUGCGCCUUGGCAGCCGCAGGCAGCGCCAGCGGGGGCCGACAGCGACCAGAUGCACGAGCUCACGCACCCCCAGAAGGCCGCCGACGCCGCGCUAAAGGGGUGGGAGAGCAUCUGGCACGACCCGCUCGCGCCGAGGGCGCCGUGGCUCCAGCCGCCCACGGAGAUCGAGUGGGCAGAGUCCAAGCCGCCGCCCAUCACCCCGCAGCAGGCGAUCGAGGCUCGCGGCCGCUUCAGGACCAAGACGGGGCCGGGGGAGUCGGGAUGGCACCCGAGACUCUGGCGCGAAGGGGGUAUCCAAGGAGCGGCGAGGGUGGCCAGCACCCUCAACGCCCUGGGGGCGAGCUCGCCCUGGCCGCAGGCGCAGGACACCAUCCUGUUCUACUUGAUGGCAAAGGCUUCGGGCGGGCACCGCAACCUCGGGCUGAUUCCCGAGCUGGCCAGGCUGUGGGAGACCAUCCGCAUGCCGUACGCCAGGAGAUGGGAGCACUGCCACCGCAAGGGGUCCAGCGAGAGGGCCGCCUGGGAGCAGGCCUUGUUCUGCGAGGCCACGGUGGCCCAGGGGAUGGAAUACGCUGUCACGUACUUCGGCCUGGUCAAGUGCUUCGAGUACGUCACGCACGAGAAGGUGUGGCAAGCAGGCACGAGAUCAGGAUUCAACACGGUGAUCCUGGAGAUGGUGCUGCGCAUCAACUCGAUGACGCGGCGCAUCGUGCUGGACAACGCAUACACGGGGGGGUCGAGAUGGGCGCGUGGUAUCGUCGCAGGCAGCCGCCUAGCGCCCCUCUGCCUCAAGAUGGUCAUCUUCGGGGAGCUGGACGGGGUCAUCGCCAACUUCCCGUGGGCCUCGGUCUGCCUCUUGUUCGACGACCUGGCGGUCGCCACGCGGGGCGCGAGGUUGUUCGCGCAGCACUGGCACACCCAGCUGGUGCGGGCGCUCGUGGACAUGUUCGGGAAGCUGGACAUGCAGGUAUCCAAGGGCGCGGAGGGUAAGACGGUCACCAUGGCGUCGACCACCGCGCUGCAGGACGGCUUCGCCAGGAGAGUGAAACCGCUCGGCAUCAAGAUGGUGCGACACGCCGACCACCUCGGUGUCACCACCGCGGCGGGCAGGAGGAGACGAGCCAGCGCCUUCAGCAAGAGGGCCAGCAAGUACGCGGCGAGGCGAGACCGCAUCGCCCGCAUACGCCGAGCAGGGGGGCCUGCGCAGGCGAUCAUCAGACAGGGGAAGGUGCCGUCGGCGAUGUACGGGGCGCAGGUCAUGGGCAUGCCCAACUCCACCCUCACCGCCCUGCGGCAGAGUGCGGCGACCUCCUUCAGGGGCAACACCAUGGGGAGGUCGACGCCGCUCACGCUGCUCGCGCAGGGCGCCGACCCCGCCACCCGCGCCAACACGGAGCCGCUGCUGAACUGGGCCAUGGCAUGGCAGGAGGUAGCCAACCAGGACGGCCUCCAGGAGCAGCUCCAGAGCGCGUGGAAGCAGUGGGUAGUACGUGUGAGGGCAUCCAGAGCCCCAUGGCAGCAGGUGCGGGGGCCCGCGGGGGCCUUCAUAACCACGGUGCAGAGGCUGGGCUGGAGGACGCUCGCGGCCCACAGCAUCACCAUCGGCGGCGAGCACCUAGACCUCAGGACGCUGCCUCUCAGGCACCUGAGGCAACUCAUCAGCACGGCCACGGAGGAUGGCCUCAAGAGCGACUGGCUUCGCAUCCACGGCGAGCACGGCCUGGUCAGCCUCUUCGUGGAGCCCGUCGCCGCGCUGCUCAAGAGGCCGCUGAGCAAGAAGUGGACGCUGGAGCACCAGACACGGGGCGCCGCAGAGGACAGCACGUGCAAGGCCUGCCACGAGCAUGAAGGAACGGACCGCCACAGGACGUUCGUGUGCUCGGCCAGGCAGAGUCACCGACAAAGAGUGGGAGGGCACCACAUAUGCUAUCGUGGUGCCAUGACAUGGCCUGGAGCGACGGAGAAGCAGCUGACGACCUCCGAAGCGCUCUGGGGAAGAGGGCUCGCAGCGGACCCAGCGCUGGAGUACGACCUCUGGAACCUGCCCUCCUCGUCCACAUGCGAGGUGGAGGGCUCCUUCGACGGCCUCGUGCACGGGGACAUCUACACGGAUGGCAGCCUGCUGUACGGGGCAUAUCCAGCGCUGAGAAGAGGCGGCUGGGCAGUCGUGAAGCUUGACAGCGAGCACACGAUGGAGUUUGCGUUGUUCGGGCCACUGGAGGGAUCGCAGCACGACCAGUCGAUCUACAAGAGCGAGCUGAUGGCGGUCCUCCAGGCCCUGAGGAGAGCGGUCCCUUCAGUGCGGGUCUUCAGCGACUGCCAGUCGGUGAUCGACGGCUUCGCCAGAGGCCCUGAGUGGGCCGCCAGAGCCGACACGACCCACCAAGAGGUCUGGCAGGAAUGCUGGCGGCUUCGUGGGGCGCAGAUGCACCAGCACGAGGCCUGGUACAGGGCCGCGUACAUCCAGAGGUUCCAGUUGGUCUCAGACAUCCUGGAAUUCGCCGCGCACGUCGGGGUUCUCGGUCACGGGCUCGAGGACACCUCCGAGGGCCCUGGGCCCUCGGGGGCCCAGGGCAGCCCCGCCCUCGCCCCGACGCCCAGUGAGGGACCGAAGGCCACCAGACGGUGCGCCUGCAAGCAGUAG